GCGGGACUUCAGGGACUGGAAAGUAUCAUUGAAUGCACAUGUUUACCAUCGCUCGCUGCUACAGUGGCACACACAGGGAGUAGAACGGCUACAGUACAGUUUGGGCACUGUCUACAGCCUCCCAGAAUUCUGUGGAAUUGUAACUUUGUCUACGAUGGUGGGGUCAAGUGAUAGUUCGGAGCCAGACUUAACUGGAUAACUUUCAUGUCACCUCACUUUGAUGACCCAGAAGACUGUACGCAAGGAUUCUGGCAGAAGCAUGUGGAUCAGGAUAUCUGAAAAAACCAAGUGCUAGUGCAGUGGUCUGCUCUGAUGCAGGAUCAGUGCGCCAGUUUUGAACAUUGAGUGCUGACAACAGGACUGGGACUACUAUCAUAAGGACACAAUCACCAGGUUGUACAUGACUCAGGGUUUUUAACUCAGGGUUUCACGAAUAUCGUAGCGCCCUCAUAACUUAAGCCAGGGAGCUUUCUGUUGUAAGGAAUUCUCUGACAUGCAUAGUCAGCAAGCUGGAUAUUUAUCAAGAUCAUAGUCACUGACUCUCCUUGUGACGUCAGAGGCGUUAAGUAAGAUGACGACAGGCACCCUGCUGGACUAUCCAACCACAGAGUCUCCGUUCGGCAGUCCACCAGUCGCCAUGCCAGCUCUAAGCCGGGCUCCAACGCAAGGGCCAACGCAAGGGCCACCCCACCUCUGGCCCCCUCUGGACUUUGUACUGGGGUCCCUGGCCUGCUGUGGAGCCUGCGUGUUCACGAACCCCCUGGAGGUGGUGAAGACACGCCUGCAGCUGCAGGGCGAGCUGAGGGCCCGCGGCUCCUACCAGAGGCACUACCGCGGCGUCCUGCAGGCCCUGUGGUUGGUGGGCCGCAACGACGGCCUCCGCGGGCUCCAGAAGGGCCUGUGCGCCGGUUUACUGUACCAGGGCUUUAUGAAUGGCGUGCGGCUGGGCUUCUACUCGUACAGCGAGGUGGCUGGGAUCACCCAAGCCCCAGGUGGGAACAUCCUGGCUGGGGCCAUUGCAGGAGCCCUGGGGGCAUUCGUUGCAUCACCAGCCUACCUGGUCAAGACACAUCUUCAAGCCCAAACAGUGGAGACUAUUGCUGUGGGUCAUCAACAUAACCACCAGGGAGUGUCAAGUGCCUUUGCUACCAUCUACCGCCGUGAGGGGCUGGUGGGACUGUGGAGGGGGGUGAAUGGAGCUGUGCCCAGGGUCAUGGUGGGCUCAGCUGCCCAGCUUGCAACCUUCAGCUCGGCCAAGGAGUAUGUCUCUCACUCAGAGUGGUUUCAUCCAAACAGCUGGCUGAUUGCCUUGACCGCUGCUAUGCUUAGUGGUCUUGCGGUGACCAUCACGAUGACCCCAUUUGAUGUGAUUAGCACAAGACUUUACAACCAACCUGUGGAUGAGUUUCAUAGGGGCCAGCUGUACCGGGGCUUCCUGGACUGCAUGCUGAAGGUGAGCCAGGCCGAGGGGCUGCUGGGCCUCUAUAAGGGCAUCGGGCCGGUGUUCCUGCGCCUGGCCCCCCACACGGUGCUCAGCAUGCUGCUGUGGGACGUGAUGAGGCAGAGGGCGCUCCAGUACCAGCUGGAGUCCAUGUGAGGAGCCGCUGAGAGAGAGAGUCAUGCCAGGGGGGCAGGAGCCACACUCGACUCGGUGGUCUGGGCGCUGAGGCUACGGCAGCAGAGCUGCGCCUUAGUGCGAGUCCUCCAGUUAAAGACUGUGGAGAAUGUGUUACAGGAUCACACCGAGAAAGGGAAGGGUGACGGGCAGGUCAACAACUUCUGAAAACGUUUCUUGGAGCCAUUUAGUUUAACCUCAUGUUCGUUUGGUUGGUCUCUCAGGAUUUCUUUGUAUCAUUUUGUCUAGGACAUAUACUGAAGCUCUGAUGUUUUAGUGAACAUACUGAUAAUUACCUCUGAAUAUGUCUUGGACUAAUACUAAAGCUAUGGACUGUCAAUGAACUCAUCAUAAAACAGAGUGCAAUCCUCCCUCUGUGCCUGAUCUUAGAAUAAGUGCAUUGUCAUGAGACAGGCUAAUAUGAUGUAUGCUCUCCCUGAAGAUAAAUAUGUGCUUUAUUCAUUAGUAGAAUAGAGAAACUGAUAUGCCUUCUGUGCUUCAUGUAUUGAAUGAAGAAUGUAAAUACUUUUACUAAUUAUCUAUAAAUGUUGACAUAUUAAUCACUAUGUAUUCCUCUUAAUAAAGAUUUUGCUGAUAUAAAA